GAAUGGACUACCCGGCUUGAGGACUUCAAACUUGCAGGCAGGCAAGAGCAUUCUGGGAUCUGAUGGGUGGUUAGAAGCCGAAGUUAAAGGGAUUACUCUUGGCUGUCGUACACAGGAGGUCCUUGAAGCCAAGAGGGAUCACCUGGCUGGCAUUGGCCCAACACCUCCUCCCUGAGACAGCAGAAGGACCUAUCGGGAUACAUCAGCACAGCUCUCAUGGUUUGUUAACUUGCGAUGGAGCCAAGAAACCUUGCGUGAUACCACAGGGUUGUCUUGAAGGCAAACAGCUAAGAGUUUGGCAGCACCCUUUCUGUGCUUUUGGAAUACUGCCUUGGAGUUUGUGCUCUUGUCCUCUAAAAGUGAUUUAUGCUGUCUGGGAGGAGAUUUCAUCUGCUAUUUUAUUGUUGACAUGCUUUGCCCCAACAUUUUUCAAUCCAACGCAUAUGACCUCCAUUCAUGGUGUUUAUCACAACAAAGCUAAGGCCUGGGAGGACUGUCAUUUGUCAAGGAAUAACUUGGUCUCAGGCCAAAUAUGGCCAGAGACGUCAGUCCUCUGAGCCUCAUGCCUAUGUCUGCAAGGCACCAGCAAUGGGUUGGAGCCUCAUUGGGGUCCGUCCUCCCCUUCCUCCCCCUACGUUCUGUAAUUUUCUACUACUUCCUGUCAUGUGCAGCAGCAGCAGGCAGUUUGCCUGGCAUAGAACAUGACUAUGGCAUUAGCCCCAAAUUUGUUUGCACCCCAAUUCCCCCAGAAGCAGACCCCAGCUGCUAUUCCCCACCCAGUGUGCCCCAUGGACCAAACAGUAACGGCCACACUAAUGGCCACAAUGGCAGUAACCGGCGAAGCGUGAUGUCCGACGAGGCCAAAGCCACCAUCUUGCACCUGCGUGAGAGCCUUGUGAGGCAAAAGGAGACCAUACUGGACCAGCGGGAGACCAUCAGGGAGCUGACCGCCAAGCUCACAUUGUGCGAGGGCUUCGGUGGUCACCACAGCACUGGUCACCAUGACAACCGCCACGACAAUCACCACGACAACCAUCAUGAUACCCAUCAUGACAACCACCAUGAUGACCACCACGGGCAGCACAGCAGCCACCAUACAUCAUCAUCGUCACACCACGGGCCUUCUGCAUUUCACAGCAGCGAUCACCACUACUCUCAUGGCAGCCACAGGUCGGACCCCCACCACAGGAAGGGCUCGACAUACGGAAAACACAGCUCUUUCUCCCCUGAACAGACAGGCAAAACACUGCAGACACUGAAGGAGAGGCUGGAGAACUUGCAGGCCAGGAACUCCUCCAGCUCCUACUCCAGCUCCCUGAGAGAACUCCUCCAGCGGAAGAUCACCGCUCUGGAGGAGCAGCUGCACAGCUACUACCGAGAUCACCGUGACUAUGGUCACCAUAACGACCAUCACGAUGAUCACCACGAUGACCACCAUGACGACCACCACGGCAACGGCCACCGUGACGACCACCCCGAUGACCACCAUGGCAAUGGUCACCAUGACGACCAUCAUGGUAGCGAUCACCACGACGACCACCACGAUGACCACCAUGGUACCGGUCACCAUGACGACCACCACGACAGCCAUCGCAACAACCACCGCGGUAGCCACAGGUUCAGCCAUCGCAGCGGUCAUCAUAAUCGCCAUCACGACCACCACUAUGACUGGCACCACGGCCGGCAUAAUGGUCACUAUGGCAACCAUCACAGCAACCACCAUGGUGACCACCAUGAUGGCCAUCAUGAUGACCACCACGAUGACCACUAUGAUGACCACCACAGUCACCACGAAGAUCACCACGACUAUCACCACGGACCUGGACACCACGAUGACCACCACGAUGAUCACCAUGAUAUUCGCCACGGUAACGACCGCCAUGACAACCACCAUGGUAACGAUCAUAACCCACAGCGGCUGCCUUUCAGCAGCAAAGAGACAAGUCUGCAUGGCGCGGGGCACAGCAAGCUGGAAACAGUGCUCAGCCAACUGCACCACGGCAACACUGACCACGGAAACCACAAGAAGCUAAAGAGUCCCAGCGCUUUCCUGCUCGACUUCCCCAUGAGGACCAAUUACAUGUACGCCAGGAUGAGGCGGUCGGUGGUCAACGAGAUCUUUGCCCUGACCAUCUGCCUGUGGCUGAAGGCAGGAGCAGGUCCUGGCCUUGGUACUCCCUUCUCCUACGCCAUACCAGGACAAGCCAAUGAGCUUGUGCUCAUCGAAUGGGGCAGCAACCCCAUGGAGCUGCUAAUCAACGACAAGGCGGUGACGUUGCCCAUAACUAUGACAGAUGGGAAGUGGCAUCACGUGUGCGUGACGUGGUCGACACGUGAUGGGGUCUGGGAGGCCUACCAGGACGGAGUGAAGAAAGGCUCAGGGCAAAACCUGUCAGCCUGGCACCCCAUCAAACCAGGGGGGACCUUCAUCCUGGGCCAGGAGCAGGACACAAUGGGAGGCCGUUUCGAUGUCACUCAGUCCUUCAUGGGAGAGUUGUCCGAUCUCCAGUUCUGGUCCACAGUCCUGACGCCCAACGAGAUCUACAGCCAGGCGACCUGCGGAGGCCACCUCAUUGGUGAUGUCAUGUCCUGGUCGGAGGAAUCAGUGGAGCUCCACGGAGGGCUCACCAAGUUUUCCUUUGAGCCCUGCCACUAAGGACUGACACUGGACCCCCACACCCAGAGCUGUAGGAUCACAUUUAUCAUUACAUGCCCGUAUCAGAAAUAGUCGGAGAAAUGGAAAAUGUUAUUUUGUCAUGGAUCAAAGAUGGGGGAAUCAUUUAUUUCAUUGCUUGCUCUGGUUUUUCAUCAUAUUGGUCUGCAGAAGUUUAAUAACACAAGCUCAGCCAGGGGCAAUAGACAGAGCAAUGAGUUAUUUUGCUUUUUCUAUAUAUUUUUGCCAUUCCUGUUCGAUCUUUCUGCCUUCUCCACCUACACCCUCACUCUGACGCUCUCAGCAGGACGACUUUGAAGGCUCCAAAGAGCGCAGGGCUUUGGAUUUACCGGCUGUGUGGUCAUGACUACAGCUGCUCUGAGACAGCCAACACACAUAAUAGGAUUUCUUUCCAUCAGAACAGGUCCAAAGGUUGCUUGUUGCCAUUAGCUCGCAUGCACUAGCUUGUUUUGUUUGGUAUGUGAGCCACAUAAACAUUACAGGAGGUGAAAAAGUGGCUAAAAGGCACAGGAUCUCUUAGAAAUAAAGUCACAUGGAGACCUGAACUGUGCUGAUUCACACAUGUUUGGAAUGUACAUGUACAGGAUUUUUCUACAAUGCAGGUCCAAUUUGGCGCGGAGUUAGCUGUUGGCUGUUUUAUAUUAGUAUUUCAUAUUGAAAACCCUACAACAGGCUUAAUGUAGAAAGAAAAAAAUGUAAUCCAUGUGUUAUGUGUUCUUUCUAACUGUAAAAUAGCAUUUUGUCAAUGCAGAGUCUGAUGUUUUAAAUUUAAACAAUCGUCUGUAAGUGGAUCUGUUUCUCUGUUCAAAAGUCAAACGGCCGUUACGUAAGCGCACCACGUCUCAACGUCAAACAUGACACAUUAUGGCCACGAGCCACCUGACUGCAUCACUACAGUGUUAACCUGUCUCUCAACAUGUCACCUCGGUACUGCUGAUGUCUCCUAGGCAACCGGUGGCUUACCGCAGGAUUUACCUGUGGACAAGUGAUCUGAUCUUGCCUAUUUUUGACCAGCUCAAACCACAUGGCAGAGUCAGACACACAAACACAAACACACACACAGAGUGUUCACAGCGCACAAGCUCAGAGAAGAUAAAGAGGUGAAAAGUGACGUUGUUGAUCUCUUGAUAACUGUUUGUAGAUGCACCUUCAUGUUUUUAUUACAAAAGAGGUUUUUGUACACGUACAUUAUAUCAGAUAGUCUGUUUUUAAUGAUUAAAAGUAUUUAUUAUGGCAUUUCUCACAUUGUAAAUCAUUUAAAAAGGACAUAGCACUUUCUCGACCCACUCUUAACCCUGUGUUUGUUUGUAAAGCACAUUUUUGGGAGUAACCUGUUUAUUAUUUUUUAUUAUAACCCUAUCCCCUCAGAGUCAAACUCAGAUUCCAACUGUCUUUAUUGAUAGUAAAAAGGGGUAUCUGUUGUUGCCAUGGUGAUAGAAUCUCUCAGCAUCCGGACCACAUCAUCCCGACAGUGUCGCACUACAGCUGUAAAUAUCUGCGAAAUGUUUCUUCGACUGUAAUGCCAAGACAAACAGCACUUUGAAAUCAUGCUACUGUUUUCUUCUUAUGAUAGUGGGCCAAAUGCAUGUUUGUUACAUAGACUUCAGUUUAUACACCUCCUCCUACUACUGACCUGUGUAGUUUGUAAGCUGAAUGUUGACAUAAAACAUGUAAAAAAUAAGAUAUACAACUUUAUGCAUGAAGACUUGCUUAUUCUCGCCUUUGGUGUACAUUUUGAUGUUUAUUAGGUUUUUUGUUAUGUUUAUUGUGUCUUUGGCUGUAAAUAUUCAAAGUAUUACAUUGUGUUCAGUCAACAGUCCCUCCCUUAAGUAAGCCAAAACUAUAAGCUGAAUUGUAAAACUUGAAAGAGGAAGAUAAUGCACUAUAAACACUGUCAAAUAUUUGUAAAUAUGUCAGGAUUUUGAAUAAAACUAUUUAAAAUAUUUUAUGAAUUCAAA